AUGAACCCCCCGACCGCAUUGGGGGUCCUGCGACCGAAUGGAGAUAAUCAGUUCAAAAUCAUCAAAGACGCCGAGGGCCGUUUGCGAGCAUUGCCCGACCUAGCGGACAGGUUCAUUACCGCAUGCGGACAGCUGUACGACGACCAUCUUGCACGAGAGAUAUGCAUGUCACACCGCAAGGACUCGGUCGUAUUCUGCCAAGCAUUGGCGGACUGA